AUGACCCGGGUGCUGCUCUCUCCCGGCCGUACCUUAAUGGUUGGUGUCCUAAUCAUCUCGCUACAUGGUUCUUCUCCGGCCUUUGCCGUGGCUGCCAAGAGCGGGGGUGCAAGGUCUGGUGGAUCCGGCUCCUCAACGACCACAACUACCACAACGACAACUGUGUCCUCUGGCCGCACGACGACGUAUGGUAGAAGUAUUGGGGUAACGACGCGUAUUCGUGUCAUCACCGCUGCUGCCGUAAUCUCGCUGGUUUACUUCAACGGCUUCACAUACCCAGCCACGCGUUUCUACUAUGAUGGUUAUUAUGAUGACUGCGCCUUGCGGAACAUCACAGCCGCUCGAGCUGGACUAGAUGACUCCACUAUCGACCCGGUGAUUCUCACCCAGCUACCAACCUUGUUGGCGACUAGCAACACAUCAGCCGACAUAAUCGCUUUCAAUAGGACCCUUUACAAUAACACUAACGGUCUCAUCAUCGACCCAGCGUACUGCAACUACACCAGCACCGCCAACAGUGGCAGCGGUGCGGGUACGGCAGUACGGCAGUCAACGCUGCUGACCAUGCUUUUGGCAGCCGCUGCGAUGUGGGUCAUGACGGGCAGUGGCGCCAGAUUUAUCCACUUCAGGUCGCGGUAG